ACGGUAAUGCGAGCAGCGGCUCACUGUGUCAGCUGAUCCUCCAGGACGGGGCGAGGAGGAGAAUUAGCAGCAGGAAAACAUUGUUGCUGGCUGGUUAAACCAUGGCUGCGGAGAUCCAUUCGAGGCCUCAGAGCGCCAGGCCAGUUCUUCUGAAUAAAAUCGAGGGCCACGGAGACGCUGUCACGUCUGCCGUUUUAAUUCCGAAGGAAGAUGGAGUGAUCACUGUCAGCGAAGACAGAACCAUCCGGGUUUGGCUGAAGCGAGACAGCGGUCAGUACUGGCCAAGCAUAUACCACACUGUCUCCUCUCCUUGCUCGUGUGUGUCAUAUCAUCAUGACAGCAGACGCAUUUUCAUUGGACAAGACAAUGGAGCAGUUGUGGAGUUUCUCAUCUCUGAAGAUUUCAACAAGAUGAACCAUGUAAAAACAUAUCCAGCUCACCAGAACCGUGUUUCAGACAUGGUGUUUACGCUGGAGAGUGAGUGGGUAGUCAGUACCGGCCAUGACAAGAGUGUUAGCUGGAUGUGCACCCAGAGUGGCAGCAUGCUGGGGAGACACUACUUCACAUCAUGGGCCUCUUGCCUACAAUAUGAUCAUGAGACUCGGCAUGCCUUUGUUGGCGAUUACUCAGGACAGAUCACACUACUGAAGCUGGAGAAGCAGACAUACUCCAUUAUUACUACGCUGAAAGGCCAUGAAGGUAGUGUAGGAGCCUUGUGGUGGGACCCUGUUCAAAGACUGCUAUUCUCAGGGGCCUCCGAUCACAGUGUCAUCAUGUGGGACAUAGGAGGACGCAAAGGACGAACUUUACUGUUGCAAGGACACCAUGAGCGUGUCCAGUCACUGCGCUACCUCCAAUUGACCAGGCAGUUGGUUUCUUGCUCAGCUGAUGGAGGAAUAGCAGUGUGGAACAUGGACACAACCAGAGAAGAGGCACCUCAGUGGUUGGAAAGUGACUCCUGCCAGAAGUGUGAACAACCUUUCUUUUGGAACGUCAAGCAGAUGUGGGACACGAAAACCCUUGGGCUCAGACAACACCACUGCAGGAAAUGCGGAAAAGCUGUUUGUGGUAGAUGUAGUUCAAAACGCUCCACAUUCCCACUCAUGGGCUUUGAGUUUCCAGUGCGGGUGUGUGAUACAUGUUUUGACUCUAUCAAGGAAGAAGAUCGAACCCCAUUGGCCACAUUCCAUGAGGGGAAACACAACAUUGCUCACAUGGACAUGGACCCAUCCAGAGGCCUGAUGAUCACCUGUGGAAGUGACCGCAUUGUCAAGAUCUGGGAUAUGACGCAGGUGGUUGGUUGUAGCUUAGCAACAGGCUUUUCUCCACGCUGAUUGGUCUAGUCAGUCUUCUGGUGUCAUGGAAACCCCUCUGUACAGUGCAUCAUCGCCAUCAUGCCUGGACACUGCAGCUUCUUGGGGAUCGGGGGGUGCACAUGUGAAUGAGAACUGGUAGUGUAUGUCUAAAUGUUCUUUUUUUUUUUUUUUUUGCUUGAUCUUUAUAAUGGUCCAUUCAACUACUUCCGAUACACAUUGAGUGUGUGAGUAUAUAUGUGCACCUGACCCCACAGAGAGCACUAAGCACAAUGGUGUGUAUGUAAAUGUGUGCAUGUGCCCUAAUGGGAAGAGUGUUAAUAUUAGUGUUUACAUUUAAUAUUUCCGAUUUUUCUUUUGACAAAUGUUGACAAUGGUCAGUUUUUUAAUCCUUGUACUGUAAUAUUAGGAUAUACAAAUUCCUGACCUGCCACAACAAUAUAAAAAAACAAACAUCUACAUGCUUCAGUUGAAUAUGUUUGCAGUACACUGUCUUAAUCAGUUCAAAACAGCGCCUGUACAUACAUUGCUUUGUGUUUUAAAGUGAAAAGUGUUGUUUGGAAUGACUUUCUGAUCCCAAUUCAGUCCGCCCAUGAACUUUGUUUUGUCUAUUUUUCACCAGAUGGCCUUAAAUCACUCUCAGGAGGUUUUACAUCAAUGGGUUAUUCCUUUAUUUUAGGUGUUAUUGUGACCACUUUGUCAACACAACCAUUAAAAUGUGUGUAUCACCUAUAUAAUGAGUAUGUUUUAAAAUUGCGCUGUAGAGGCGAUGCAACUGCCGUGAUGCUGACCCACCCUCCACUGUGUUGAUCCAGAGGGAGGCAAAAAAGCUGGAGGUGGUUGCUAUAGCAACAGGUCAUCUUUGUAAAGUGUGACACUGUUUAGACACAACAUCAAAGAUGUCGUUACCAAGGAAGAGAAAUUGACUGUUGAACAAGUGUGGAGUAGAUAAAUUGCACUGUAUUACCUAAUGUGGCACUGAUGGAGAAAGGUUAAAUGCCUUUUAAGUUACUCAAUAGAUACAUUCAGUUGAAUUGGAUGUGUACCACAAAUGCACUUAAUGGACAGGUGUGAGAAUUUUUUGUAACACUAAAUGAUGCACAUUAACUUUGUUCCCAGCUGUAUUAGAGCUGCCUAAGUUCCUCCAAAAGCCUAUAAACGGAAAGACACGUCCUGAAUUAAUAGUUGGAUUGAUAGUGCUCCUGUGUGUGGUGGCUGAUUUUAAUUUGGAUGCCUGCCUUAUUUGGUUCUGAGAUGGUGAACACUAUAUAUUCCGCAUCACAUUCCAGUUUUUUGAUGUAGUGUAUGUUCAUAUUUGUAGUAAACUAUUAUCUGUAAAAGGUUGUUUACUUUUGUUUUUGUCAUUAUAAUAAUUGCAAGCAAAUGCAUUUGGAAAAAAAUGCACAUUUAAAAUACACGUGGCUCAUGUUGGUGUGUAUUCAGGGUAGGCUUGCUAGCGGAAAAAGCCUUUUUAAUAAUUAAAAUGUAAUUUCCCUAAAAUGGUUGCAUUGGAAACUUAAUGGUUACAGGCAGACAGAUUCGAUGGUAUUCGUACUGUAUACCGUUUUUUUUUUUUUCUUUUCCCAAAAUAAAAGUUGAUGUUUCAUAGAAUGCGUUAAAGGUUAAAAAUCCAGAGUAGAUGGUGAAGCUGUUAAUUGAAUUCAGUGUUCAGUAGUUUAUUACAUUACUUUCUGAAUCUUUAGUGGAUUAUAUUAUAUUAAAGCGUUUUGUUUCUACUGCUAGGGGAAGACUUUUUACUGCAGUUUCUUUUGAAUUUUUUUUUAAUUGAAAGUCUUAGACCAACUUUUGUCAAAUCACAGCUCAUUUUUCACAUUUCACAUUGAAGCAUUUUUUAAUUUUAUUUGGGGAGAAUUCUGUCUUUCUAAUGCAAAGUACAGCUUUCAUGACAAUGUUGACCAGGUCGUCAUUUGGGGCACUGCAAUGGAGCAAGUGUUGCUCCUUUUGAUCUUAGCGACUGUUUAUAAAAAUAGAAGCCUACCAAAAAGUCUAGCAAGGUAUUGUGGAUUCUUAAUAGACCAAACUAACUACAAAUUACAUUACACUCACUCAAUAGCUAAUUAACCAUAUCCAAUCCCAUAAAUCAAGUGCCCAUCAAGAUUUGAUGUCACAAUGCAUGUCGCAGGCAUCAUUAUGGCCUCGUCAAUUUUUUAUUUUUUUUUAUUGUUCAAUAUCUAACCGUUAUUAGACGAUGAGAAAUCAUUCUACUUGGUAGUUUAUUUUCCCAACUGAUGGAAGAUCAGGAACUCCUGACUAAAAUUUUUUUACACAAUUCAAAAGUUUCCAGUCCAUGUCAAGUAUAGUUUUUGCUCUGUGACAUGCUGCUUUCAUUCGAUCAGCCUACUGUGACUAACAUAGUGCAUCUAAUACGUGUUUAAAAAUAGCCUCCAACCCAAAAAUAGCAACAAAUAUUUACUGCCGUCAUUUCCACAGUGUCUAUCAUUUGUUAGCUCUUGUACUAUAUAUAUAUUUUUUUACAAGUGUUUGCUUCUCAACAGGGUUUUAGGUUCAAAUGAACAAGCUGCCAUAUUAGUGAGUGGCUGAUGUAAUGGUAUAUUCAAAAAUUCACAUCAUCCACAUAGUGACUGACUAGGUUAAUCAGGAGUUGUUGUUUUUUUUCAUGUCGUGUUAUUUACACUUUUUCCUUUUCGUCAUGAGCUCAUCAAUGGGAUCUUUCACAGUGUUUUUGUCCAUUUUCUAAUGGUUAUUUGCAUUCAUGACACCAAAUGGAGCACUUGGAAGUGUUUCUUGUUUUGUUUAAAUCAAACACUUGUGAGGACAAUGGCCUUGAUGUUCAUCAAGUGGAAACUAUUGACUCACAUGACAUUACCCCACGGACACAUUCAUUUCAGUGGAAUUCAGUGAGACUGAUCUUUGUUUGCGUUUCAAAAUUAUCAUUAUUAUAACAAUACUGUUUCAGGGACAGAGUCAUCAUUUCUUGAUAAU